ACCAUUUAUCUCUAUCCAUAAAUAAGAAAAAUAAUAAAUCAAGAAUGAAUCUUGAAGCAAGAAAAGUGAUUUUUGUAGUUGUUAUAGCAAUUUUAUCAGCUCAAAAAAGUGAUGCAGAAUGUGAUUUUGAGGCCAUUUUCAACUUCGGAGACUCGAAUUCCGAUACCGGAGGAUUUUACGCUGCUUUUCCAUCGGAAAAUCUUCCCUAUGGAAUGACUUACUUCAAAAAACCGGUCGGACGAGCAACCGACGGCAGAGUCAUCCUCGACUUUUUAGCACAAGCUCUAGGGCUGCCAUUUGUUAGCCCGUAUCUGCAAUCAAUAGGCUCCGAUUUCAGACACGGUGCAAACUUCGCUACAUUAGCAUCAACCGUUCGUCUGCCACAAACUUCGGUAUUUGUAACGGGAGUUAGCCCUUUUUCUCUUGCAAUUCAGCUCAAUCAAAUGAAGCAGUUUAAAUCCAAAGUUGAUGAACUUCACUCUCUAGGACAAGCCGAAAAGAAUAUUCCUCCACCGGAUAUUUUCGGAAAAUCGCUUUACACGUUUUACAUCGGCCAAAACGAUUUCACAGGGAACUUAGCUUCUCUUGGCAUAAGUGGUGUGAAGCAGUAUUUACCUCAAGUGGUUUCACAAAUUGCUACCACUAUUAAGGAAAUUUAUGAAUUAGGAGGAAGGACAUUUUUGGUACUAAAUCUAGCACCAAUAGGGUGCUACCCUGCAUUCUUGGUUGAACUUCCACACGACACCUCAGAUAUCGACUCGUUCGGUUGCAUGGUUUCUUACAACAAUGCCGUAGCAGAUUACAACUUAAUGCUCGACGAAGAAUUAAUAAAAACAAGAAAAGAUAUUAUCGAUGCAAAUAUUAUAUAUGCAGAUAUUCACUCUGUCAUGCUAGACCUCUUUCGACACCCUUCGUCUUACGGGAUGAAAUACGGGACAAAAGCGUGCUGCGGAUACGGGGGCGGGCCCCACAAUUUCGACCAGAAAGUUUACUGCGGAAACACGAAGUUGGUCAACGGUCAAAAUUUGACCGCAACUGCGUGUAACGAUCCGUUUAAUUACGUCAGCUGGGAUGGAAUUCAUGCAACAGAAGCAGCAAACGAGAUUGUGGCUAAUGCUAUUAUUAACGGCUCUUGUUUCGAUCCUCCUUUACCACUUCUUAAAUGUAGGAGAAAAUAAAGUGAACGACGAACGAUCUUUUUUUUUAUUUGUUCGUGUAAUUCGAUAUUUAAAACGAGUCUUUGUCAAUUCAUCAUAGUUAGAGGGAAUCGAAACAUCGUUUUCGCUAUAAAAACUAUAAGACAAAGAAUCUUCAGUGGUUGAGUGCUCUAAAUCAAUCAAGAUUAUAUAUAUUUAUAUAUAAUUAAACGAAAUUUCCAGGGAUGCGAUUUACGGUCCACC